CUGGAAUGUCACCCGUCACCCGUCACCCUUUAGAAAUCGAUAAGCCAACUGCAUCAAUCAAAUACAUCCGUGAUUGAGGCACUGCUCACUGCUCACUGCUCACUGCUCACUGCUCACUGCUUGGACAAAUGCGAUGAAACAUGGUUGUUUGAUAAAUAAAAGCUAAUUCUAAAAGGCAGAUUGAUUAACUGUCAUCUUGUACUUUUGUUUUUUGUACUUUUUCAAUUUCAAUUUCAAUUCUCUCCAUUUGAGACAAUAAAGGUAUCAACACAUCAAUCAUAUCACAAUUCUCAAAAUGCGUUCGAAUUUCCUGCUGUUAACAGCGGCGACCACAUUUAUGCGAUCAACAUGUGACGCUGCAUAUGUACCAGGAGCAGCCUUUGAUAGGUUUUUCACCAUCUGGCUCGAAAAUCAAGUUCGUCUUCCUCCUUUCUUGAUACUAUUCAGAGUACUAACACGUUCUUCCGCAGGACGAUACAAAAGUAGAAUCCAACCCCGAUAUACAAAAUCUCACCAAACAAGGCAUUCUCCUAGAAAAUUACUACGGACUCACACAUCCUUCUCAACCAAAUUACAUAGCAUCUGUCGGAGGUGAUUAUUUCGGUCUUAAUCAUGAUGCAUUUGUGAGGAUACCGCAUAAUGUGACAACAGUGGUGGAUCUUUUCGAGGAUGCGGGAAUUACUUGGAAGGGAUAUUUUGAGGGAAUGCCAGGACCUGGAUAUAUGGGAGAGGGAAGUACGGCGCAGGAUGGAAAAGGAUGGGAUUAUGUACGGAAACAUAAGUGAGUCUAUUUCCAAAUUUGUUUUUUGGUCAAACAGUCUGCCUCCACGGCAGUGGCCCCGGAGGCCAGCGGAGCGUCAUUUCAUUUUAAGUGUAUUUCAUAAAAGAAGAAUACUAAUACUUCAAUUGAUAGCCCAUUCGUGAGUUAUGAUAGUAUAAAUACAAAUGGUACACGACUCCAAAAUCUUCUCUCCUUGAAAGAUUUCUCAACUACAGUCCAAACCGAUCCAUCUUCCUUACCACAGUACGCACAUAUAUCCCCGGAUAUGUUAAAUGAUGGACACAACACCUCUUUAGCCUACGCUGCUAAUUGGACACGAUCAUUCCUUACGCCACUUCUUCAAAAUGAAGCUUUUAUGAAUAAUACUCUCAUUCUCCUGACCUACGAUGAAUCGGAAACCUAUUCUAAAUCGAAUCGCGUUUAUUCCGUCCUUCUAGGUGGUGCUGUACCAAUGGAUAAAAGGGGAACUGUAGAUACAACGGUCUAUUCGCAUUAUAGUAUUCUCUCUACCUUAGAGAAUAAUUGGGGCCUUCCUAAUCUUGGUCGCUACGACGUUGGUGCUAAUGUUUUUUCCCUAUGCGCCUCAAAAACAAAUUAUACAAAUAUAAACCUCAAUAUGUCGAUUGUCAACAAUUCUUUAAGUUAUCCUGGAUUCUUGAACAAUGACCCGACUAAAUGGGCGCCAGUCCCGGUUCCAAAUCUCAAAUUAAUAGGCGCAGGUGGAAAAGGUGUUGAUGAUUAUACACGAGCGGAAUGGGAUAGUGCUAAAUCAAAAAAGACGCCUUAUGAGGGUAGUGGAGAAUUUUUCGACGGCGGAAAUGGAAUAACUGAUGAGCGGAAACCUGUUUAUUAUAGUCAAGAGGCAAAUAUUGUAGCUACGGCUACGAUAUCGCAACCAUAUAGUGCGACUGCUACUUCUAGUACGAGUAGUACGAUAAGUUCAAGUGCAACUGCAAGUACGACAAAGGGAAGUGGAGCGGAGAGAAGUAGAAGCGUAGGAAUGGAUUGUGGGAAGGAGGUUUUGGGAUUAUGGGUUGCGUUGGUUUUUGCGAUUGUGGUUUUAUAGAAGGGUAAAUGAAAUGGGAUUCGAGGAAUUGGAAUGGGAUGGGAUGGGAUAUGUAUAGUAAUGGAAAGGAAAGGAAGCAAGGAGUUUCGGGUGUAUAUUUAAGGAAUGAUUUUAUGAUAUGGAUGAGUGGAUGGAUGGAUUUGGUAGAUAUCAGAUGAUGAGUAGAAUAUCGAUUUGAUCUUUAAAGUUGAUUAAGUGGUGUGUGUACUAAAUGAAUGGUAGGAAAUGUUAUAACUGAUUGGCUUUGUAAGAUAGGUAUUCCAUAUA